UCCGUUUUACAGCGCAUGCGUAGCUGACGGUUCGCGGUUGCGCCAAUUGGUAGAGGAUGUUGCUAGCAGCCAGUGUAGAUGCACAGGCUUUUCACAACAAUAACAUCAACAAAUUUUCCAUCUCUGCGAACCCGAAUUGAAGAUUUUUAUUUGCAGAUCAUUGUCGGAAACUGUGCAUUGGAUCGCACAACAUCGAAAUCAUUUCUGCGUUUUGUGGCUACGUCUUCUUUUGAUAAUGGGAGCGGAGGGCUUUGCAAAUUUACAGGGCUUCUUACUGCUGGAGCAGAAAGAAGGAUCAUGGCUGGCCAGCUAGGCCGCAGUUGGGGUUUGUCGCUUACACGAACAAUCCGUUAAUAAUAUAAUACUGUUUUUAGACUUGGCAUUGGCACACAAAAUGUUGUGCUAAUCGAUCGCCAUUCAAAACACGCACAUAUCGGUGAUUUUUGUUUUCUUUUGGGGGCUUUAUAGCCCGUUAGCUUCACAACCUUGACUGGCUGACGUCUUGCCUUCGUAGUUAGCCGGCUAACGAUAGCUGGCAUCGCUUGGCCAACCACCCGUUGGAUAAAACGCCAGGAAAACACAUUAACGUGGGAUUUGCUGUUGUUUUGAGUCGGUUGGCAUUUUGCAGCUCCGUUCCUCUCAGUAGCGACUGAGUCUGGAUGAAUGUGGGACAAAAUGGAGACCCCGACGAUUGUGUACGAUUUGGAUACCUCUGGGGGCUUAAUGGAGCAAAUUCAAACACUGCUGGCGCCUCCGAAGUCAGAGGAGGUCGAGAAGAAGAGUCGGAAGUUGGUUAGAGACGUGAGAAGGAGCGGCAGGGCCACCAACCACGACACCUGUGAUAGUUGCCGGGAAGGGGGAGAUUUACUGUGCUGUGACCACUGCCCUGCAGCUUUCCACCUCCAGUGCUGUAAUCCUCCUCUGAGUGAAGAAAUGCUCCCUCCAGGAGAAUGGAUGUGUCAUCGCUGCAAUGUCAAGAAAAAGAAGCGGGAGCAGAAGUCAGAACAGACCAAUGGCCUGCCAGACAGGCCAUCAUCAAAACGCUCAGCUUCUCCAGCCAUGGAGCUGGAGCUAAGUGCUGGCCCGUUACGGCUUGAUGGUCUACCUCCAGGGGCUGGAGCAGCAGGACCUGGUUUACGGGUAGCCCAGGUACGUCUCUUGGACCGCAGGACCAGCAGUAGGCCAAGUAGUCGUCCUGGGACACCUACCUCCAAUACUUCUUCCACCCCGACUCCCUCUGAAGAUCAGAAUGAUGUGGAAGAGGAUGCAGCUGAACCAGAAGAUGAUGUUCAGGGUGUGGAGCUCGAAAGUGUUACACCAUCUGCUCCUACCCCACGGCUUCUUAAAAGGCCCUUCCAACUUCUUAUCGCAGCUGCUAUGGAAAGAAACCCCACUCAGUUUCAGCUGCCCACAGAGCUCACCUGCACUACUGCACUGCCAGGCAGCAGUAAACGAAGGAGAAAAGAGGAGCUGUUAGGGAAGCCUUUCAGAAGACCUCAGCAUGAAAUGGAUCCUAAUGGGCUGGUUCCUCUUCCAGUCAAAGUCUGCUACUCAUGCAACAGGAGUUGCAGGAUGGCUCCAUUGAUCCAGUGUGAUUACUGUCCCCUUUUGUUCCACAUGGACUGCCUGGACCCUCCACUCACAGCUUUACCUGCAGGCAAAUGGAUGUGCCCGAACCACGUGGAGCACUUAGUGCUUAACCAGAAGAACCUGAGUCUGUCCAGUCGCUGUCAGCUCUUUGACCAGUUCCAGGAUAGAAUGUCCCAGCAUGCUGUCAAGUUGGACUUUCUCAGUAGAGUCCAUCGUCAAAAUGCACCCAACAGACGCAGCUCGCUCCACCAUAAUAAAAAGACGAUCAAGGUCCCAGAUGCCAUUAAGUCCCAAUACCAGAAUCCUCCGCCCAUGUUACUUCCUGCUCGUGUGCGUCAGUUGGAGCUGGUUUGUAGCGGGGUUCCUGACCAUCUGCCUUCACGGCACUUCACAACAGAGGCUGAACAAAAGGAGUGGCUACAGAACGUCAUCGCCCUUCAGUGCAGCAUUAUGCGACACCUGUCAAUCAAACAGAAGGCUUUUUCAAAGGAGUCACUUAAAUCGUCCGAGGAGACAGAGCAGAAAGUCAAUGCUAAAUCAUUUGCAAUGGCAGAAGACGUUAAACCUCAGGUCUCUUUGGGAAGGACUUCCCCCAACGAACCCUGCUUGAAGCCCUGCAGUACAACCGAUGACCAACAAGGGAGUACUAAUUUAAGGCCCACGCAAGAAAAUGUGGGCACCUGUAAAUGCAGACUGACCUCCUGUCAGAAAUGCAGGGGAGUAAAUGGACCUUUAGAAGAUGAGUCUCCGCCACCCAAGGCCAAUGGACCCGUAGAUUGUAACAGUUCGUCAGUCCCCAGCAGACAAGCGGAGCUGCAGUGCAGAACCCAGCCCAGUGUAGCUCCCACAGAUCCCCCUCCUACCUCCAGUUCGGUAAACCACAUAGGUACACAAAUGGUUAAAAAGGAGCCAGAAAGCACGACUGAGAGUUGCACUCCAAAAAUCUGCUCAACUGCCCCGACGAUAUGGCCCCAAGGUGGCCAACAGAAUCAUAGGAACCAGACGGUGCUUCAGACGGAGGAGUGUACAACCAGCAAUGAAAAACGUUCGUCCUCCGUCACCAGCAGUGCCAUCGCAGACACACUGCCCAAAGGCAAUCAAACGGAGUGUGAUCCGACCAAGUCCGGGUCAUUGUCCUCCACUCCAGAGGCAAAGACCGGAUGUGGAACUGACUCACUGGUGCCCAGCAGCCUCUCCUCCAUCACUGACCUGUCAAAGUGCAUUGAUGAAAAAGAGGGUGAAAAUGGAGGCAUCAUGCUGGAAAAACUUGAUGCAGAAAUGAUCAAACUCCUUGCCUGGCAGAGGAUCCAGCAGCUCUUCCCCACAAAAACACCCAGCUCCCUUCAUCCCACUGAACCUCCUAAAACCCCUAAACCUGAUGGUCAGAAGAAGGUUCAGGCCCGAGCAGUUUUCUAUCCAUUAGCAGGAAAAGGAGAAGCUGUCAACAUGUGCUAUAGGACGUUAUACAUAGGAUCAGGUGCUGACAUGGAUGUGUGCCUUACAAACUACGGUCAUUGCAACUAUAUAUCUGGGAAACAUGCCUGUAUUUUUUAUGAUGAGAACACCAAGCACUAUGAGCUGCUCAACUACAGUGAGCAUGGCACCACCGUGGACAACGUCCUUUACUCAUGUGAUUUCUCUGAGAAGGUCUCGCCAACUGUCCCCAGUGGCCUAGUCGCCAAAGUCCAAGGCAUCAUACGCCGCAGUAAGAAACGUGAAGAGAGAGAGGGGCCCGACUCGGCGGUGGGUCUGCUGCCAGCUAUAGGGGUGAUGAGUAGCCAGUCUCAGGGCGGCUCAGAGCUGUCGUGCACAUGCAAGUCGAGCAGUUCCAGCUUAAUAGGAGGCAGUGGGGCAGGAUGGGAGGGAACCGCCCUGCUCCACCACGGGAGCUACAUCAAACUGGGCUGCCUGCAGUUUGUCUUCAGCAUCACAGAGUUUGCAAGCAAGCAGCCCAAAGAAGAACAGACCACCACCCCUGCUGCGGCUGCUACUUGCAGUAACGGCAGCAGUAACGCAGCCAGCAACACCACCCACCCUGCCCCCACCUCCACAUCCACCCCGCCAACAGCACCACUGCCCAACACUGCCACAGAGAGCAGUCCCUCCAGCCAGGAAGAAACUGACGCUGAGAUUGUUCCUCCCCACCAAAUUCCCGAAUUGCACUCCAGCUCUGUUCCAUAGCCCGCCCAGAACCCCCUCCCCACCCUCUUUUUGUUUUGCACCUCUGUAGUUGCAGUGAAGGGAAAUCUGCACAGCUGGUUGGUCAACAGGGAAAAGUAAUUUUUUUUAAUGGUUUAUAUCUUUGCAUGGACUUGAAGUAUUAUUGACAAUCUCUUCUGUUUUUGAAUGACUGACGGUAAUCUUCUGUUCGUUUUAUAAGGAUUUUGAGCAACAAUAUUUUACCAAUGCUCGUUUUUUUUUUUUCGUUUUUUCUUUUUAACCAGUAUACUAGUUUUGUAUAGUGUAAUAUUACUCUGUCAGUCAUCCCAUUUAGCACAAAGUGUUUAUUUUGUAGUACUGUUUUCCAUACAUUCUGAUUUCUUUUGCUGCUUUUGCACCCCAGGUAGCUAUAUAUGUAUGAAAACAUACAUGCAUAUACACUAUUUUAUGUAAAUAUAAUGUAAAUAUAUAUAAUUCAGUGCCUCUCCUCUGGAGAAGCAUUGGAUUUCAUGUAGAUUUACCAUUUGUUGGUUUUUAACUGUACAGUUCAUGACUUUGUGAUACUAUGUAGAGUACCAGAGGUUUUGUGAUAAAACAUGUUCCUAGUCUGUAUUUUCCUCCGUAAUUCACCUGUAAAUAUCAUAUUGUUUUAGCACUCAUUUUAACAUCUUGUGCUGCUCUGUACAUAAGCACUCUUUGUCUGUAUCUGCUUGUCUGUUCAAACAUGUAAAUACAGAAAGAUUUUCUAAGAACAACUCAA